AUGGUUCAAUGGGCUAUAGAGCUAUCUGAGUUUGACCUCGGGUAUGAAACUCGGAUGGCAAUAAAAGCUCAAUGCCUCACCGACUUCGUAGCAGAAUAUGCAGGAGAUCAAGAGGAAGCCACCACAGCAUGGGAGCUAUACGUGGAUGGAUCCUCUAAUAAAGUCAGAAGCGGUACAGGCAUAAUAUUGGUCAACCAGAAGGGAACUCAAAUAGAAGUCUCCCUCAAAUUCGAGUUUCCUGCUUCUAACAAUCAUGCAGAGUAUGAAGCCUUGAUUGCAGGACUAAAGCUGGCAGAGGAAGUCAGCGCGACCAAAGUAGUCGUGUUCAGCAACUCCCAGGUGGUGACCUCCCAGAUCAAUGGAUAUUACCUGGCUAAAGAUCCCAAUAUGAAGAGGUACUUGGACAAAACUCUGGAGCAUCUUGGGCGAUUCUUGGAAACUGAGGUGAAACACAUAACUCGAGAUCUCAAUAGUAGAGCAGACGUCCUCUCCAAAUUAGCAAGCACCAAACCCGAAGGGAAUAAUAGAAGCAUGAUUCAAGAAACUCUCCAAAAACCCUCUGUCACAAAAGCAGAGGUUAAGCAAGACAUCCUUGAAGUAUCUAGAUUAGACCUCGGAUGGAUGAAUUCACUAGUCGAAUAUCUGGAAUUCGACAUCCUACCCAAAGAGGAGAAAAAGGCCAAGAAAAUCCGGAGGAAAGCACAUAACUAUACCUUGGUGAAAAAUAUCCUCUAUAAGAAUGGGAUAUCCACACCAUUGUUAAAGUGUGUCCCGCCUUUAAGGGCAACAGAAGUCUUAGAGGAGAUCCACAAUGGUAUCUGCGGGAACCAUCUCGGAGUAAGGUCUUUCGCUAGGAAAGUCAUACGAGCCGGGUUUUACUGGCCGACUUUGCAGAAAGAUGCCACCAAAUUCGUAAAGAAAUGUCAGCCAUGCCAAAUGCAUGCAAACUUCCACGUUGCUCCCCCCGAGGAGCUUAUUAGCAUAACUUCUCCACGGCCUUUUGCAAAAUGGGGAUUGGACCUAUUAGGACCCUUCCCCCAAGCGCCUGGACAAGUGAAAUAUCUAAUAGUGGGAGUAGACUACUUCACAAAGUGGAUCGAAGCAGAACCGUUAGCCACUAUCACAACCCAGAGAAGUCGAAAGUUCUUCUACCAGAACAUUAUCACAAGGUAUGGUGUCCCCUACUCCAUCACUACUGAUAAUGGAACUCAGUUCACCGACUCCACCUUCAGAAACUUGAUAGCCAAAGCCAUGAUACCAGUUGAAAUCAAUGAGCAAAGUCCAAGGGUGAGCUUCUACGACGAGGUUGGCAACAUAAAGGGGCACAAGGAAGAGCUAGAGCAACUCCCUGAAGUCCGAGAACAAGCCCAAAUAAGGGAAGCAGCGUUGAAACAAAGAGUGACAAACAGAUACAACAAGAAAGUCAUUCGAAGAAGCUUCAUCCCAAACGACUUAGUCUUGAUCAGAAAUGACAUUGGUGUCAACAAGUCGGGAGAAGGAAAGCUUGCUGCUAAUUGGAAAGGGUCAUAUAAGAUAAGUGAAGUCUUAGGAAAGGGAUACUACAAGGUAACCGACCUGAGUGAAAAGCGUUUUCCUGAAGGGGGUUUUAAUGAGGCAUCAAAGUGGAGGCUAGGGAAGAGUAAGUCUUAA